CGUCGUCUAUUCUUUUUCUUCGGUUUCGUCGUAAUUUUCUUUUCCGGCCUCCGUCGGCGUCGGCAUCUUCGUCGUCGUUCUAACGUGUUCUUCCCUUGCGGAUUCGUAGGAAGCUUUUUCUUGUGCCCCGACCAUUUGAGAUGAAGAAACGCGAGCCAGCAGUCGCAACUUCGAGUAAAAUUACAUUCGACGCUAGUGAUGACAACGAAUCAUCCUCUGAAGAUGAGCAUGAAAUUGAGCAAGAGCUUGCUGAGGUGACAUUCGAAGAUUUGCAGAGAGCAAAAUCUGAUGGUUCAGAUAUGAUUUACAGAAAGCCUAAAGUGGAGAAGAAGAGUCGAGCAAACAAGAAUAGGCCAAUGGAGAUCAGUAGCAAGAAGCCUGUCAGCAAAUUCAGGGAAGUUAUUCAAGCUCCCAAAAGGGUGGUAAGAGAUCCUCGUUUCGAAUCGCUUUGUGGCAAUCUGGACGUAGAUGGGUUCAAGAAGAGAUAUAAUUUUAUUUACGAGAGUACUCUUCCUGCUGAAAAAGCUGAACUAAAGAAACAGAUGAAGAAAACAAAAGAUCCCGAAGCCAUCCAUGAGCUAAAGGAUCGGAUAACUCGGAUUGACAGAGAAUUGAAAUCUGCGUCGACAAAGAGGACUGAGAAGGAUAUUUUGGCUGAGCAUAAGAAGAAAGAGAGGGAAGCUGCGAAGAAAGGGAAGAAGCCCUAUUACUUGAAAAAAUCCGAGAUCAAGAGGCAAAAGCUGAUCGAGAAAUACAAAGAGCUCAAGGAUUCUGGAAAAGUUGAGGCUUACAUCGACAAGAAGAGGAGGAAAAACGCGAGCAAGGACCAUAGAUACAUGCCGUAUCGUCGACCUACAGAGCAACAAAAUGAAUAGAGGUCUGAUCUCAUUUACUUUACUGCACUUAGUUAUUUUUAGGUUGUCUAAAUUUUGAAAUGAGGUGAAAUAUUUAUUUCCAAUUAUUUUGGGUUGGAUUUCAUAUAGUUGGAUCUUCUUUGUUAUAUGAAAUUAUAUGUAUUAGUUACUUGUAGUAUGCUUUGGAGUUUUAUGGUUGUGAUCUUUUAGGGUCUUAGGAUUAGCGUGGUUAGUUAUUAGUA